GGGCCUGAGGCCUGGACGUCACCUGGAGGACGACGAUAUUGUGCCUGAGUUGGCUCACAUCCAUCCCAGAGAGAGACCCGACUGGGAGGAAACCAUCAGUGCCAUGGCAAGGAGCGCAGAGAUCCCCGAGCUGAGGACGGAGCCCCUCAUGCGCUCCUGCAGCAGCAGCACGGCCAGCAUGAAGGUCAAGAAUGUCAAGAAACUUAGCUUCACCAAGGGCCACUUCCCCAAACUGGCAGAGUGCGCUCACUUCCACUAUGAAAACGUGGACUUUGGCACCAUUCAGUUGUCCCUCGGGGAUGAACAGUGUGAAGUGACACGGAACGGCUAUGAGUCCAAGGAGCUGGUGUACUUAGUUCAUAUUUACUGCCAGGGUCGAAGUUGGAUUGUGAAGCGCAGCUAUGAGGAUUUCCGUGUCCUGGACAAGCACCUGCACCUCUGCAUCUACGACCGACGCUUCUCCCAGCUGCCUGAGCUGCCUCGAUUGGACAGUCUGACUGAUCAGUCAGAGUCAGUUUCACAGAUGUUGUUAGCUUACCUCUCCCGGCUCUCAGCCAUCGCUGACAACAAGAUCAACUGCGGGCCCGCCCUCACGUGGAUGGAGGUCGACAAUAAGGGAAAUCAUCUGUUAGUCCAUGAAGAGUCGUCUAUCAAUGUGCCAGCUAUUGCUGCUGCCCACGUCAUCAAGCGCUACAUCGCACAGGCCUCAGACGAGCUGUCCUUUGAGGUUGGCGAUAUUGUGUCAGUGAUUGACAUGCCCCCGAAAGAAGACACCACGUGGUGGAGGGGCAAGCAUGGCUUUCAGGUUGGCUUCUUUCCCAGCGAGUGUGUGGAGCUCAUAAAUGAUAAAGUGCCGCAGUCCAUGACCAACACCGUGCCAAAGCCAGCCUCCCCCUGCUCUGGCCUGCAGCCUGCUUCUUGGAGUCUCUUCCCUCCCUGUGCGUGUUGGUGUAUGCAAAUUACUUCAGGGGUGAGCCAGGUUACUACAGCAUUUCUCAGAGUGGCUGAAUGUACCCUGUGUCUGGACGGGGGCCAGCUGUGUUUGUGUGUGUCUGUUUGGUCGAAGCUGAAAGGGCGCGGCAGGGGUGCCGUGGUGCUAGGUCUCGACCGGCCUUGA